UUCAACAUUAACCUUGAGACCCCAAAGCUGAUAAUCUGAUGUUUUUACAUUACUUUGCCAGUGUCACUAAACACAAUGGUAAUUUUAAGAAUAGAACAUAAAUUAUUAGGCCACGUCAUUAAAAGGCUUUCCAGCAAUUCGGUGCGGAUUGUUGAAGUGGGACCUCGAGAUGGACUGCAGAACGAACCUACCCAAGUACCCACUGAAGUCAAGAUCGAUUUAAUAAACAGGCUAUCGGAAACUGGGCUUCAAACAAUAGAAGUAACAAGCUUUGUAAGUCCCAAAUGGGUACCACAAAUGAGCGACAACACCAAAGUGUACACAGGAAUUACAAAGAAAGAUAACAUAAGUUACCCAGUUUUAGUACCAAACGCAAAAGGAUUAGAAUCAGCUCUAUUGGCCAAAGUAAAAGAAAUAGCUGUGUUCGCAAGCGCCUCCGAAGGCUUCUCCAGAAAGAACACGAACUGCUCAACCGACGAAGCAAUAGAAAGAAUCAAAGUUGUGGUGGAGAAAGCCAAAGUAAACAAUCUCAAAGUAAGAGGCUAUGUGUCGUGUGUUGUGGGUUGCCCGUACGACGGUUACGUUAAGCCUUCCCAGGUUACCAAAGUUACCCAAGCCUUGCUUGAUUUAGGAUGUUAUGAAAUUUCACUAGGCGAUACAAUUGGCGUUGGGACUAAGAAAACUACGUCGGAAAUGCUCCAGGAUUUGCUCAAAGUCACUUCUACUGAUAAACUGGCCAUACAUUGUCACGAUACUUAUGGGCAAGCUUUAGUGAAUGUUUGUGUAGCUUUGGAUCAUGGAAUUAGAGUGGUGGAUUCUUCCGUUUCUGGAUUAGGAGGUUGUCCUUAUGCCAAAGGUGCCACGGGAAAUGUUGCCACUGAAGAUCUGGUUUAUAUGUUACAUGGCAUGGGAUUAGAAACUGGAGUCGACCUCAGGAAGCUAAUUGAUGCAGGAAAUUUCAUUACGCAAUAUAUUAAAAAGCAGAAUGCUUCAAAGGUUAAUAAUGCUUUAUACUCAAAAUACUUCAAAAAAGGAUAAUAAAGAU